UGGUUAGGAAUGUUCUCUAGGCGGGAAGAACAUUCCAGAAGCGUCCUUUCCGCAAAUAAUAUAUACGGGCGAGGUUGAGCAGCGCUCACUCACGUUGCGAAUCGUUGUACGGAAAAGUUCUUCGUGUUCAUUCUUCUCAAGUAACUAACUAUAUAAAAUAGAAAGAAGCCAUGGCUAAAGCACCCGCUGUCGGUAUUGAUCUUGGAACAACCUACUCCUGUGUUGGUGUAUUCCAGCAUGGAAAGGUCGAAAUUAUUGCUAACGACCAGGGUAAUCGCACCACUCCCAGUUAUGUGGCCUUUACCGAUACCGAGCGUCUCAUCGGAGAUGCUGCCAAGAAUCAGGUUGCGAUGAACCCUAACAACACUAUUUUCGAUGCCAAGAGGUUGAUUGGACGUCGUUUCGAAGAUGCCACUGUUCAAGCUGAUAUGAAACACUGGCCAUUCACUGUCGUUAGUGAUGGUGGAAAGCCAAAGAUCGAAGUACAGUACAAAGGAGAGACGAAGACUUUCUUCCCAGAAGAAGUGAGUUCAAUGGUCUUGGUGAAGAUGAAGGAAACUGCUGAGGCAUAUCUCGGCAAGACCGUCACCAACGCUGUGAUCACUGUACCCGCCUACUUCAACGACUCGCAGCGUCAGGCAACCAAAGACUCUGGUACCAUCUCAGGCCUGAACGUAUUGCGAAUCAUCAAUGAACCCACUGCCGCUGCUAUUGCCUAUGGUCUUGACAAGAAGGCUGCUGGCGAGCGUAAUGUUCUCAUCUUCGAUCUUGGCGGUGGUACCUUUGACGUAUCCAUCCUGACCAUCGAGGAUGGUAUCUUCGAAGUCAAGUCUACUGCUGGUGACACUCAUCUUGGUGGUGAAGACUUUGACAACCGAAUGGUUAACCACUUCGUCCAAGAGUUCAAACGCAAGUACAAAAAGGACCUCACCUCCAACAAGCGUGCUCUACGUCGUCUGAGAACCGCCUGUGAGCGCGCGAAGCGUACCCUCUCCUCGUCUACCCAGGCGAGCAUCGAAAUCGAUUCUCUCUAUGAGGGUAUCGAUUUCUACACUUCAAUCACCAGGGCUCGUUUUGAAGAAUUGUGUGCCGACCUAUUCCGUGGCACACUUGAACCCGUGGAGAAGUCCCUGCGAGAUGCCAAGAUGGACAAAUCUGCCAUCCACGACAUCGUACUCGUCGGUGGAUCUACUCGUAUUCCCAAGAUCCAGAAGCUCCUUCAGGACUUCUUCAACGGCAAGGAGCUGAACAAAUCCAUCAACCCCGACGAGGCUGUUGCCUACGGCGCUGCCGUUCAAGCUGCCAUUCUUCACGGAGACAAGUCCGAGGAAGUGCAGGAUCUUCUCCUUCUCGACGUCACUCCUUUGUCUCUUGGUAUCGAAACUGCCGGCGGUGUUAUGACUGCCCUCAUCAAACGAAACACCACAAUCCCAACCAAGCAGACUCAGACGUUUACGACCUACGCUGACAAUCAGCCCGGUGUAUUGAUCCAGGUCUACGAGGGAGAACGUGCUAUGACCAAGGACAACAAUCUUCUUGGAAAAUUCGAACUUAGUGGAAUUCCCCCUGCACCACGAGGUGUUCCCCAAAUCGAAGUCACCUUCGACAUCGACGCCAACGGUAUCUUGAACGUCUCUGCCGUUGACAAGUCUACUGGUAAGGAGAACAAGAUCACCAUCACCAAUGACAAGGGACGUCUUAGUAAGGAGGACAUUGAGAGAAUGGUCAAUGAGGCUGAGAGAUAUCGUAGCGAAGACGAGAAGCAGAAGGAAACUAUUUCAGCUAAGAAUGGUCUCGAAUCUUACUGCUUCAACAUGAAGAGCACAGUGGAGGAUGAGAAACUUAAGGAUAAGCUGAGCGCCAGUGACAAGCAAGUUGUCCUGGACAAAUGCAAUGACAUCAUCAAGUGGCUCGAUGCCAAUCAGCUAGCUGAUAAGGAAGAGUACGAACAUAAGCAAAAAGAACUUGAAGCCAUUUGCAACCCCAUCGUAACGAAGCUGUACCAGGGCGCUGGUGGCAUGCCUGGAGGUAUGCCCGGUGGCUUCCCAGGAGCCGGUGGUGCUGCUCCAGGAGCUGGAGCUCCUGGUAGUGGUGGAGCAUCCGGACCUACCAUUGAGGAAGUCGAUUAAACUAAUUCUCAUUCCAUCCGAUCACUGCCUCCCUAUAAUUCCUUCGCAAGUAACGGAAAAUAAAACAACAUAGGAGAAUUA